UUCCCUAAAAACUCUGAAAGUGAAGGGCCUCAAAACACCUCCAAUUCAACAUUCUGGUACACUGUGUAAACACAAAAAGUAUUAGCUUGACAAAAUUGAAGGUAGAGAUAUGAUGAUGAAAGGUUCAGUAGUAGAAGAAGAGAGUAUUGUGGGUGUUGAUGAUGAUAUACUGGAGAUCAAAGGCCGGCUGUGUGGCUCCCCCACAUCUAAACUCCAAGUUGUGGCGCUAGUGGGGAUGGGAGGCAUUGGCAAAACGGCUCUUGCUAAGAAAGUAUACGAAGAUCCAUUAGUUAUGCACCACUUCUACCUGCGAGCCUGGAUAACUGUAUCAAGACAGCAUCGAGUUGGAGAAAUGCUUCUUGGUCUUCUGCGUUGUGUCUGCCUAUCCAGUGACGAAAUCUACAAGAAAAGUGAGCAUCAGCUGGCGGAAGAAUUGCGCAGAAGGCUGAUAGGUCAAAGGUAUCUUAUUGUCAUGGAUGACGUGUGGAGUAGUGAGGCCUGGGAUGAUGUCAAAAGGUGUUUCCCGGAUGACAGGAAUGGGAGCCGGAUUAUAUUGACGAGCCGGGUUAUGGCAGUGGGUGUUCAUGCUCAGCCAGCCAGUCCUCCACACUGCCAGAAGGUGUUUGGAAAGGCACCCUGCCCCUCAGAAUUGGUGGAGAUUGGGAAGAAAAUUGCAGAGAGAUGUGGAGGUCUACCUCUAGCAAUCGUCGUGGUUGCUGGUUCUCUUGCUAAGGUAAGUAAAACAAGAAGCUCUUGGUCCAAUUAUGCCAAAAUCGUUGGUUCAGCUGCAAAUGAACAAGAUAAACAGAAAUGCUUAGAUAUACUUGCUUUGAGUUAUCAUUACUUGCCUUGCCAUUUGAAGCCUUGCUUCCUCUAUAUGGGAGCUUUUCCAGAAGAUUAUGAGAUUCCUGCUUGGACACUAAUCAGGCUAUGGAUUGCUGAGGGGUUUUUGCCCGAAACAAAGCUGAAGAGCCCUGAGGAAGUGGCAGAACACUGGUUGGAGGAUCUUGUCAGUAGAAGCCUUGUUAUGGUUGCAAAGAGGAGAUCCGACGGUGGAGUUAAUACAUGUGUCAUUCAUGAUCUUCUGCGCGAACUGAGUUUGCAAGAAGGCGAAAAGGAGAACUUUAUGCAUGUUAAGAAAGAGCAUGCCACCAUAUAUAGCGCAGAUGCUUAUAAUGAGCAACGUUUCAGUUUCCCUUCUGGUGUAGAAAUCAUUGACACAAAAACUAACAUUAUUUGCCUUAACCAUUCUGCUCCCCUCACCCGUUCUUUUCUCUGUUUUGCUACAAUUAGCACGCCCCCAUCAGAGACUAUUUUCCUUGUUUCAGCUUUCAGAUUGCUGAGGGUAUUGCAUUUAGUAGGACACACAUUUGUUCAUUUCCCAGUAGAGACAACGCAGCUGGUUCAUUUGAAGUAUCUAGCACUCGGGUUUUACCAUCCUGAUUUCCCCGUUUCGGUGUCCAAACUUGUGAAUCUACAAACCUUAGUGAUUGAAACAUCAGAAAUCUUGAACUUGCCAAGACAAGUGUGGGAAAUGGAACAGUUGAGGCAUCUGCAUUUUAGGAAUAGCAGUUUCUGGCCUAAUCCUAGUCCUAUAACCACCAGCAGUGCGGGCUCAAGGAGUAGCAACCUUUUGUGGAAUCUACAAACACUUUCCUUGAUAGGCUUCAACAGCUGCACAAGAGAAGUUUUGUUUAGUAUCUCCAAUCUGACGAAAUUGGGCAUUGCAGGACGGUGGCCAGAAGUGGAAAAUGGGGAAUUACAAGAGCGAUGGACUACACAGCAGCAGUUACACAAUCGCCUCAACGAUCUCGUCUACUUGAAACUACUAGGAACACUAAAGUUGUACAGAGUCUUGGAACAGCAUAUUCCCCGGUGGGAUGUUUUCCCACCAAACCUUAAAAAGCUGAGCAUCACAAUGUGCUAUUUGUCGCCCAAAUCUGUGACCACAUUCUCUAUGUUACCCAACCUGGAGAUUCUGAAAAUGAAAGAUGUGAAUUUCGAAAGAUAUGCUUUCGAACUGAGUGAACAAGAGUUCAAAACACUCAAGUUUCUGCAGAUUCAGUCUUCCACCCUUAAGCUCUGGGAAGUAGCUAACAGUUAUCAUUUCCCAAAACUUGAACGCCUAGUUCUGAAGCAUUGCUUCAGCCUGAAGGAGAUUCCUAAUGAGAUUGGGGAUAUCCCAUCACUUGAAUUCAUUGAGUUGCACCAUUCUCCUGCAGUUGAACACUGCGCAAGAAAGAUUGAAGAUGAGCAGAGGGAUUUGGGAAAUGACAGCUUCAAAGUUUAUAUCAACCGUAGUACUGUUAUCUCCUAGCUACAAUAAUGCUAUGAAAUUUAGUGCUAAGAUGGCAGUCAUUCUGCAAUUUUUUCAUGGUUGUAUACGCUAUAUAU